AUGCCCUCCGGAACUGGCAUAAACGGAAGCGAAAUCAGCGAGGGAGUGAACAGUAUGAACACCAACAAUGGAAGCAGUGAUCUGGAAAGGAUUGGUGAGGAAGAUACGAGAGAAACUAAUCCGUUAGCGAUCGUGCCAGAUAAUAAUCCUAUGGCGUCGCCGACUAGACCACAGGGUGGCACAAGUUCCAUGAUCACCGCCGGUGGAAACCAUAGCGAGGUGUCCGUUCAGAGGAUGAAGAAAGAUGAGGUCGAAUCAAAGAUAUCCGCUUGGCAAAACGCCAAGAUCUCAAAGAUCAAUAAUCGAUUCAAACGUGAUGAUGCGAUCAUUAACGGGUGGGAGAAUGAACAGGUUCAGAAAUCCAGUUUGUGGAUGAAGAAAGUUGAGAGAAAACUGGAGGAGAAACGAGCAAAGGCAAUGGAGAAAAUGCAGAAUGACAUAGCAAAAGCUCGAAGGAAAGCAGAAGAAAGGAGAGCGACUACAGAGGCAAAGAAAGGGACGAAAGUGGCAAGGAUCUUGGAAGUGGCUAAUUUGAUGAGGGUUGUUGGUCGAGCUCCUGCCAAACAUUCAUUCUUUUAA